AUGUACUCGGCUCUUGCUUUCGGCCUGUUGGCCGCCGCCAAAGUCGCAUCCGCCGACCAGCAACCGAUCGUCGGCACUCCUAAAGGGGACGUCCACCAACUGGGCAAGGGCACCUUCGACGACUUCGUCAAGACCAACGACCUCGUCCUGGCAGAGUUCUAUGCCCCGUGGUGCGGUCACUGCAAGGCCCUCGCCCCUGAAUACGAAGAAGCCGCCACAACGCUGAAGGAGAAGGACAUCAAGCUGGCCAAGGUCGACUGCACAGAGGAGCAAGACCUUUGCCAAACCUACGGUGUCGAGGGCUACCCCACCCUGAAGAUCUUCCGCGGUGUCGACAACAUCACCCCCUAUUCUGGCCAAAGGAAGGCCGACGCCAUCACCUCCUUCAUGAUUAAGCAGUCUCUCCCCGCCGUUUCGCUCCUUUCCGCGGACACCAUCGAGGACUUCAAGACCGCCGACAAGGUUGUCCUGGUCGCUUACGUCGACCCCUCCGACAAGUCGGCCAACGAAACAUAUACGGCCACCGCCGAGCAACUGCGGGACUCUUACCUGUUCGGUGCUACCAACGACGCCACCCUGGCUGAGGCCGAGGGCGUUACUGCUCCCGCUAUUGUGCUGUACAAGCAGUUUGAUGAGGGCAAGUCUACCUUCACCGACAAGUUCGACAAGGACGCCAUUCUUGCAUUCGUAAAGACGGCAUCGACUCCUCUGAUCGGAGAGGUCGGCCCCGAGACCUACUCUGGUUACAUGUCUGCCGGCAUCCCUCUUGCCUACAUCUUUGCCGAGACCCCCGAGGAGCGAACCGAGCUCGGCGAGGCGCUCAAGCCUGUUGCCGAGAAGUUCCGUGGCAAGGUCAACUUCGCAACCAUUGAUGCCAAGAGCUUCGGAGCGCAUGCUGGUAACCUGAACCUCCCAACCGACAAGUUCCCGUCCUUCGCCAUCCAGGAGACCGUCAAGAACCAGAAGUUCCCCUUCGACUCGGAGAAGGAGCUUACUGCCGAUGCUAUCAGCUCCUUCGUGGAGGACUUCUCUGCCGGUAAGAUCGAGCCCAGCCUCAAGUCUGAGCCGAUCCCCGAGACCCAGGAAGGCGCCGUCACUGUCGUCGUUGGCAAGAGCUACGAGGAUAUCGUUCUGGACGACACCAAGGAUGUUCUGAUCGAGUUCUACGCUCCGUGGUGCGGUCACUGCAAGGCUCUGGCUCCCAAGUACGAGGACCUUGCAUCUCUGUACGCCAACAGCGAGUUCAAGGACAAGGUCGUCAUUGCCAAGGUUGAUGCUACCGCCAACGAUGUUCCGGAUGAGAUCCAGGGCUUCCCUACCAUCAAGCUGUACGCCGCCGGCGCCAAGAGCGAGCCCGUGGACUACAGCGGCCCCCGAACUGUUGACGACCUGAUCAAGUUUGUCAAGGAGAACGGCAAGUACCAGGCCGAGGUGGCGGAGAAGACCGAGGAAGAGACUCCCGUUGCCCCUGCUGCCACUGAAGCGGCUGGCGAGGACCACGACGAGCUAUAG